AUUUCACAACCCAGCCCAGACAGGAUUAAAGAGAAAUACACAAGUAAACAAAUAGCGGCCUCGUAAAACUGGACGUGCUGCGUGGGGAGCGGAGCCUCUGGGCCGCUGGUCAAACUGCCCCUGUCAGAGGAAAGGAGUUGCUUCCUGUUAUUUCCAUUGAAAUACUUGUCCCAGUCGUUAGCCGGCAGGCUUUUGCAGGAUGGCACCGUGCGCGCAGACGGGCUCCGGCCGCCUCUCCCGAGGGCUCCUGCUGCUCUGGGCACUCCUGGGGACCGGGCUCUGCCACACAGGCGCUGAGGUGGAGGGCUUUGGCCAGGAUGCCAGGACGAGCCCACCCGUGCCCAUGUUCAACUGGACGGCCCAGCUCGUUGAAGAGACGUAUACCAACAUCACGCAGAAGUGCUGGGAGUUCUUCGUCGACCUGAUGAAGAACGUGACAGUGUCGGAGCUGUGCGAGUGGAAAGUCAUCAGCAGGCCCUACAGCUUCCUGCAGACCUGCCUGGAGACCUGGGCCGACCACCUGCACUACGGCUACCCCAACGCGCUGGCAGAGCGGUACAUCUUCCAGAGCCACCACCGCUACUUCCACAACUGCACCCUGGAGCACCAGGUCUACUUCGACCCGCCCGAGGACGUGCUGCUGGCCAUGAUCAUCGCCCCCAUCUGCCUCAUCCCCUUCCUGGUCACCCUGGUCAUCUGGCGCAGCAAGGACGGCAAAGCCCAGCCCUAGCGCCGCUGCCCGGGCACCCGCGGCCGCCCCGCUCUGCUGCCUGCGGCGGGCAGAAAGCGGGCAGCGGCGGCCCUGCAGGUCCUGCGCCCGGGCGCUGCCCCACGCUUCCCGCCCCCCCCCCUCCCCGCCCCGGGCUGCGGGGCCACCGGUCGCUUCAGCAGCCCCGGGGGGGGGGCCCGGGGUUACCGGCACACGCUGCCGGGGCGGCCGGUUCCCGCUGUGCCGCCGGCGGCGCCUCCCCACCCCGUCCCUCGCUCCACCGCCGGCCCCGCGGCUGGGGAUUAAACGCUUCUUCCCCC